AUGAGCAUCUUAAGUGAAUUAGUUGAUGAUCCUACGAGGAUUUUCAAUCAACUUGAAGACAAAGAAUCGUUCUUUAAUGGUUUGAUUAAGAACUUGGGUGACUCGAUCUGUAAAAAUUCCAAAUUAGAUGAGAUUUACAUCGAUGGUUUAGAUUCAAGUCAAAUCUUUGGUCAAACAAAGAUAGUUCUUGAAAAUGUAGGACAAGAUUUGAUGGAGAAACUCGCAGACUUCAAAGGCGAUAGUGAAGAUGAAGAUGAAGAUGAUGAUAGAAAUGCCGAAAGUGACGAAGAACCAGAAGAAUUCGGAGAAACUGAAGAAAUACAAGAAUCUGAUGAGGAAUUUGGUGAAGUCGAUGAGGAUGGAAAUUUAAUAGAUGAUUUUGUCGAUGAACCAUCUGGUGAAGAAGGUCCAGAAAUUGAAGAUCAAGAAGAAGAGUCAGUCGAGAAUUCGGAGGACGAACAACCCGAAGAUGAAGAAUCAGAAGAAAAGGAAGACGGAACCAAUAAACCUGGAAAUGAAUUAAAUGAUGAGUUCUUCAAUAUCGAUGAAUUUAACAAACAAAUCUUAUCAUUAGAAGAUAACGGUAUCGUUGAAGAGUUCGUUGAUUAUAACCAAGAGUUAUCAGAUGAUGAAGAAGUUGAUUAUUUCGAUGAUUUCUUUGAUAAGCCAAAUUCCAAGAAAACUAAGAAUUUACUCGAAAGUGAUGAUGAAGAUUCUGAAGGUGAAGGUUUUGAUGGCGAAGAAGACUUCGAUGGCGAAGAUGAUAACCAAGUUGAAUUAGAAUUUGACGAAAAAGAUGACUACGGUUAUAAAGGAGAUGAAGGAUACGAUAGUCUCAACGAAGACGAUUUCAAUAAUGCAUUAGGAGAUAUUAGACAAGAUUUAGUCGAAAAAUCCAGUUUCGAAAAACAACAAGAAAAGUUACAACAACAAAUCAAACAGUUAGAAGAUGAGUUAGUAGCAGAAAAGAAAUGGUCCAUGAAAGGGGAAGUAAAUAACAAACAAAGACCUGAAGGAUCGCUUUUACAAGAUGAAGAUAAUUUCGAAUUCGAAAGAGUCAAUAAACCCGUACCUAUAAUAACAGAAGAAGUCACCGAAGAUAUUGAAGAAUUAAUUCGUAGAAGAAUCAAAAGUGAAGAAUUCAAUGACUUACCAAAGAGAUUAUUGAAUGAUAUUAUAAAACCUCAAAGAGUGAGAACAGAAGUAUCAGAAACUAAAUCAUCCAAAUCAUUAGCAGAAAUUUAUGAAGACAAAUUCAAUGGGGUCGAAGAAAAUAACGAAAAAGAAGAAAAAUUAACUCAAGAACAUGAAGAAAUCUUAUCAAUGAUCAAUAAAUUGAAUUAUAAGUUAGAUUCUUUAACAUCGUUCAAUUUCGUACCUAAACCUAAUGAAAACAAAAUCAUCGAAGUUAAGAGCUCCACCAUUUCAAUGGAAGAUUCACAACCAGAAUUCGUCAGUGAUAACAAUAGAUUGGCACCACAAGAAAUUUUUAAUCCUAAUACCAAUAAAGAUUCAAAUGAAAUAUCAUUAAAAUCAGGAUUAUCAUACUCAAGAGAUGAAUUAUCAAGAGAAGAGAAACAAAGAUUGAGAAGGUCUAAUAAGAGAAAGAGAUCUAAACAAUUGAAAUCAAAGGAACAGAAGAAAUCUAAAACCAGUUCUAUCAUUGAUACUUUGUCUAGUAAUAAGAACUUGACUAUUAUUGGAAAAGAUGGUAAAAAGACUGAUGUCAAAGGAAAUGUUAAGAAACAAAAACAAGUUGAUUCCAAUAAUUUGAAAUUAUAG